AGAGCCCAUUAAGAACCCAUUCUGUUCCUUCCGGCACUUUAUUGAUAGGGUUUUCGGUCUCGCAGUUCUCUCUCUUUCGCUUCAAACCCUCAUCACCUGCGGCUUCACCACAAUGGCCGAGAAAGAUAAAGGACCCGUGAUUGGUCUCUCAUGGCAUCCAACGUUGCCGACAUUAUCCUCGUCUACAACCAAAACUAUCAAGACCCCAGAUGAGGCUGAAAGCAGUAGUGCACUCUGGAAGCCCAAUUCACAGCUUGUUGACGGCUUAUUUGUGCCACCCAAUGAUCCUAUUAAGUUAAACAAGUUACGUAAAAGCCAACGCAAAGAUACACUAGGCAAGGAUUGGUUUGAUAUGCCCGCCCCAACUAUAACUCAAGAGUUGAAAAGGGAUCUCCAGCUACUUAAGCUGAGAAGUGCCAUUGAUCCAAAGAGACACUACAAGAGGGGCGAUCCAAAGUCAAAAGAUCUCCCUAAAUAUUUCCAGGUGGGCACAGUUGUGGAGUCUGCAACAGAUUUCUACUCUGGUAGGCUAACUAAGAAGGAGAGGAAAGCGACCAUUGCAGAUGAACUACUUUAUGAUCAAACUUUCCGGGCUUACAGGAAGCGUAAGGUUCGAGAGAUUGAGGAAAAGAAUCGCCCAGGUGGAAAUGAUAAAUGGAAGAUAAAGGGUAAACAAUCCCGGAAACGUGCCAAGGAAAGAAGGCACUAGAAUCCGUUUUACUAUCAUGACCCCUUUGUUUCACAAUUUACGUUUUCAGAGGACUUAAAAUAGAUUGAUAGUCAUAGUGAUUGUUGGAGCAUGGCAGAAUGAACAGUAAUUCCAAGAAAUUCACAGGAAAAGGACCGAAAGAUUUGAGAUAUGCUCUUCCAUGUGUAAAGCUACGUGAGGAAAUUUUGUUUGCUACUGUUUCAAAUUUUCAUUAACAUGUAUGAUCGCCAGAGCAUGCAAUUGCUAUAAAGUUUUUUGGCUGUUGUUCUGUGGCUUUAACAUGUAACAAUUCAACAAAACUCAUCUGAAUUGCUAUAAAGUUAGUCUUUUUGGUUUGAAAA